AUGUAUUGGAAACAUACAAUCACCGCAGCUGCCCUGCUUGCAGUGCCGGGGAUCAGCUGGCCGUACGACGAAGCCCUCACGGACUAUAAUGUUAAUGAGAACCAAACAGCAACCAACCCUCUAGAAUACUGGGGAGAAUGGCCCAAUCAUACCUACUUCCCCUCGCCGGACAAUUGGCGCUUUCCUGUAUAUACGCUUUUCCUCGAUCGAUUUGUGAAUGGUGAUCCAACAAACGAUAAUAUUAAUGGGACCCUCUUUGAACAUGAUAUCAGCUCGAAUCAAAUGCGACAUGGUGGCGACGUUGCGGGUCUACUGGAUACUCUGGACUACCUACAAGGAAUGGGCAUCAAAGGCAUCUAUCUUGCAGGCCUGAUUUUGAUGAAUCAGCCAUGGGGCUCAGACGGCUAUUCAGCACUUGACACCACACUCUUGGACCAACAUUUUGGAACCAUUGAGACGUGGAGGAAUGCCAUUACAGAGAUCCACAACCGUGGGAUGUAUGUCAUUUUUGACAACACCGUUGCCACUAUGGGUGAUCUCAUUGGGUUUGAAGGGUACAUGAACACAACCACGCCCUUUUCCAUGCAGGAGCACAAAGCAUCUUGGAAAUCAGACCGCCUCUACGUCGAUUUCAGCUAUGGCAACUCAUAUAACGAGACAUGCGAAUACCCUCGAUUUUGGAACGAAACCGGCUACCCCGUGGACGAGUACGUUCUUAAUGAGCUUGGUGGUUGCUACGAUAGUGAUUUCGAUCAGUACGGUGACAUCGAGGCUUUCGGUGUGUAUCCUGACUGGCAACGAGAACUGGCCAAAUUCGCAUCUGUUCAAGACAGGUUACGUGAGUGGGUUCCUAGUGUCAGAGACAGACUGAUUCGCCAUUCUUGUAUGAUCAUCGCCUCCUUCGACAUCGAUGGCUUCCGCUAUGACAAAGCCACACAAGCUACUGUCGACGCUUUGGGAGAUAUUUCUGGUGCGUAUCGUGAUUGCGCUCGUCGCGUAGGAAAGCACAAUUUCUUCCUUCCCGGUGAAGUAACGAGUGGGAACACGCUAGGCUCUAUUUUCCACGGGCGAGGUCGACAACCUGAUAUGCAACCGGAGACGCUGGAGGAGGCAUUCAAAAUGACUAAUUCUUCUGAUCCGGCCUACUUCAUCCGCGAUCAAAACCAGCAGGCCAUAGAUGCAGCAGCAUUUCAUUAUUCGGUCUAUCGCUCUCUCACCCGCUUCCUCGGUAUGGACGGCAAUUUGGCUGCCGGCUACGAUGUGCCGGUUAAAUGGACAGAGGCCUGGUAUCAGAUGGUCCUCACCAAUGAUAUGAUCAAUGCCAACACGGGCAAGUUUGAUCCUCGCCAUAUGUACGGAGCCACGAAUCAAGACGUGUUCCGUUGGCCAGCAGUGGAGUAUGGGGUUGAACGACAGCUUUUGGCCCUGUUCAUUACCACAUUGCACAUGCCUGGCAUUCCCUUGCUCCUAUGGGGAGAAGAGCAGGCAUUCUAUAUCUUGGAUGCUUCAGCCGCUAAUUAUAUCUACGGUCGUCAAGCUAUGUCUCCUGCCUCUGCGUGGAGAUUCCACGGUUGUUUCCAGCUGAACUCCACUCAAUAUUUUCAGUGGCCUAUCAAGUCCGGACGGUUAGGUUGUACCGAUGAGACAGUCACAUAUGAUCAUCGUGAUCCAGCUCACCCUGUGAGGAAUAUCAUCAGACACAUGUAUCAAAUGCGACAGGAUUUCGGUGCAUUGAACGAUGGAUGGUGGGUUCAAUUGCUUUCCAAUCAAACCCAUAACAUAUAUCUCCCGGGGUCAAAUGGAGUACCCACCGAGACUGGAAUGUGGUCUGUUUUGCGCAGUCCAUACUAUCAGAUGCAAGACCUCGGAGAAAUAGGCAACCAGACUGUGUGGCUUGUCUAUCAAAAUAGUCACCGCACCGUGGACUAUAAGUUUGAUUGCUCUGAUCAAAAUGCUGCUCUUAUCGCUCCAUUUGAUGUCAACACUACAGUCAAGAAUCUCUUCUAUCCACAUGAUGAGAUCACUCUUCAAAAGAGUCCAAUUAAACUCGGUCUGAAUGGCUCGAUCAAAUAUAACGGUUGUCUCCACACAAUGACCAUGAAACCAUACGAGUUCAGGGCCUAUAUCCCCAAAGAGAGAUUCCUUUCUCCUCACCCUAUGAUCACCAAGUUCUUGCCGGGCCAUGAUGUCCCCUUGCUGUCCGCAGUAUCUCCUGGAGUAAGUGAAUCGAUGGAAGUCAGCCUGUUUUUUAACACCGAGAUGAAUUGUACUAUGGUGACCGACUCAAUAUCACUCGAGUCGAAAACCGAAACCGGGGAUGUGCCUUCGCUGGACCUUGACAGCGUCACUUGUGAAACAUUGGAGGCCGAGAGUAUCACUUGGACAGGCCAAAUCCCAUCCACUUGGGCUUGGAGAGCUAGCCUGACUGGGGUAUACAACGGUGUGCAUCGUCUAACUGUCAAAAAUGCCACAACGACCGAUGGACGAAAAACCAACGCUGUCGACCAUUUCCUAAUUCGAAUCGGACAACAAGACAAUCCGAUGAUAUUCGCGUCCGCAAACUACUCCCGCAGUCUGCUUCAUGAACGUAAAAAUGGCACUCUGUUCAUCAGACAACAUGCCGCUGGUGCCGACAAAUACCGAUACUCAACCAACUGGGGUACCACAUUCUCAAAAUGGCUGCCAUAUCAAGGAGGAAACCACAGCAUUGAGGAGCUAACCUGGUCUGGGACAAAAAAGCAGAGAUGGGAAGGUAAACACGUUCGCGUCGAGUACUGGAGUCGAUUCACAGGCAGCAGCGACUACGUGCAAGAGGGUGAUGGCCCAGGCUGGAACCCUGCUAUCCAACGUCGAUUCCCCCAUUUAUUCUUCAAUGGCCCAUUCAACGAAUAUGGAUACGAUGCCGGUCUAGACAAUGUCGUGAGGCAAGAUGACGAUGGUAUCUGGAAGUUUCGCUUCAUGGCGGAGUGGCCUGCGCAUGGCCAGUUGAAUGUUUGGGGCAUCAACCCUGAUGGCCAGCCAGAUCAAAGCUAUAUCUAUGGGGACUCUAACGGAGACUCAAUUCUCGAUCGUCUCCCACCCUCUUCCUUGAGUGUGACGAGCAUAAACAUCACUCGUCACCCCCCCAAUCCCCACCUCGCUUGGAGAAUUCACCUGGAUGACUCAAACUUGCAGUUCAAGCUUGUUCCUGCAGGCUCCAAAUACACCCAAAUGACACUCUUCUUCUUGCUGUGGAUUUUCCCUUUGGUCACAGCACCGACCUGUGCCUAUGUUUUCAUGAAGACAUUCUACCGGGUUCAGUUCAACCAGGUUGGCGUAAGUGAGAAGAAGACACUUAUUUCCAUGGACUUCGUCAGUAGGUUUAAGAUCCCACCUUUAGAAAGCGGCCAACCCAGAAACCCUCUGAUACGCCUUGCCAACAAGUCAAAGUUCCUCCAGAGUAGUUCUGCUUUCGGCAAUCGAGCAUCGCAUCGACGAAAGGUUCUCAUCGCCACGAUGGAAUACGACAUCGACGACUGGGCCAUCAAGAUCAAAGUCGGCGGCUUGGGGGUGAUGGCACAGCUAAUGGGCAAGCAACUCGGUCACCAAGACUUGAUCUGGGUCAUCCCAUGUGUUGGUGGCGUGGACUACCCUAUAGAAAAACCGGCCGACUCGAUGUUCGUUAUGAUCCUAGGAAACCCCUACGAGAUCAAGAUUCAAUAUCAUCAGUUGAGGAAUAUCACCUACGUUCUUCUGGAUGCCCCGGUCUUCCGACAACAAUCCAUCACAGAACCUUACCCAGCCCGCAUGGAUGACCUCGACAGCGCCAUCUAUUAUUCGGCCUGGAAUCAAUGCAUAGCCCAAACACUGGAGCGAUUUCCCGUUGACAUGUAUCAUAUCAAUGAUUAUCACGGCUCAGUGGCUCCUUUGUAUCUGCUACCCGAGACUAUCCCGAUUUGCCUGUCACUCCACAAUGCCGAAUUUCAAGGUUUAUGGCCUAUGCGGACACAGAAGGAGAAGACUGAGGUGUGCUCAGUCUUCAAUCUAGAUCUCGACGUUGCCACGCGCUACGUUCAGUUCGGCGAGGUCUUCAACCUACUGCAUGCUGGUGCAAGCUAUCUUCGUCUUCAUCAGCAAGGCUUCGGAGCAGUAGGCGUCUCAAAGAAGUACGGCAAACGUUCUUAUGCUCGCUAUCCAAUUUUCUGGGGCUUGCGAAAAGUUGGCAAUCUCCCGAACCCUGACCCUUCCGACACUGGCGAAUGGAAUCGAGAAUUGCCGAAAGAAAGCGACAUCGAUGUCGAUCAUGAAUAUGAGACUUGUAGAGCAGAGCUCAAGCGUCAGGCUCAAGAGUGGGCUGGUCUAGAACAGAGGCCUAAUGCCGAUUUAUUGGUUUUUGUUGGAAGAUGGUCCAUGCAAAAGGGAAUCGAUCUGAUCGCCGACGUGCUACCUAGUGUUUUAGAGACACGGCCAGAUGUUCAACUUAUUUGCAUCGGACCUCUGAUUGACCUGUACGGCAAAUUUGCUGCAUUAAAAUUGGACCGAAUGAUGAAGCUAUAUCCUGGCCGGGUGUACUCCAAACCUCAAUUCACAGUUCUACCACCCUUUAUCUUCUCGGGGGCCGAGUUUGCAUUGAUACCUUCGCGAGAUGAGCCCUUUGGCCUAGUCGCGGUCGAAUUUGGAAGGAAAGGUGCCCUUGGCAUUGGUGCGAGGGUAGGUGGGCUUGGACAGAUGCCAGGGUGGUGGUAUACAGUCGAAUCCACAACCACCUCACAUUUGCUUAAGCAGUUUAAGCUCGCCAUUGACAGUGCGUUGAGUUCCAAACCCGAGGUGAGAGCAAUAAUGCGCGCAAGGUCAGCCAAACAACGUUUUCCGGUUGCCCAGUGGGUUGAGGAUCUGGAGAUUCUUCAAUCAACAUCCAUCCGAGUCCAUGAUAAGGAACGCGCCAAGGCUCAUAGCCAUUAUACUGCUGCGGGUGCAUACAAUGCCAUCUACGGAAUGAUGACUCCACAGGCUGCAUCUACAAGAUCAGGUGCAUCGACGCCUCCAAUGCAACCAUCAAGUCGUCCAGGAACAAUGGGAUCGCUUCAGCGAAGCUCCAUCAUUUACAGUCGUGACCCGAGUCCAGGAGCCGAUUCCAGACCCAGGUCAGGACUGAUUCGCCAGAUUAAUUUCGGUGUUCGACCAGUUUCGAGUAGUACCGAGCCUCGUGGCAGACGCGAGCUCGGGAAGGGGAAUGUUGUUGAGCGUGAUGACAGCACCGGUCGAGCAUCUCCAGAGGCUGAAGAAGAUAGCGAUGAGGAAUUGAUGGUGACAUGCUAUGGGGAUGAUGAUUUUCCCAUGUCGUCUGACAAAACGGAUGCAGGGCGUGGACAGCAUCCUCAAUCCCCCGGCGUUGCGCUGACCACGGAAGCUCUCUCAGCACGCCAGUUGGUUCGAUCUAGCAACACACCGUCGAGCUCGACAGCCCCAAGUACGGCUGGAACAGAUGAUACUCUUACUCCACCUUCACGGCCGUGGGCUGGGCCGGGGAGUCGAUUGAGUAGUUCUUCUGUGCUGUCUGUUGAUUUAGUCAUUGGAGAGAAAAAGGAUUUCAAGCUUCAAAAGGUGGACCCCUUCUUCACAGAUAGAAACGGCGAAUACUACAAAGUGUUCGAAAAGAGACUCGAGGACCUAAAUGGAGUAAACUCCGACAAUCAACUCUGCAUUGAGCAAUAUCUCGAGAAGAGCGAAAAGAAGUGGUUCAAUAAAUUCCGCGAUGCACGCCUGGGUCUCAAUCAAGGCUCUCCAACUGGUUCAAUGCACGGUGGCAAAAGAGGUUCCCCGACUGGAUCUAUCACUAACGAUGAUGCAACAUCUCACGAGAGUGGUAUGCCCGAAAGGAAAGACAGUCCGCCAGAUGAAUUCAUGCUCGGUGAUAACUACGUGCCACCCACAGGCCUAAAGAAGUGGAUGCAAAUGCGUCUUGGAGAAUGGCCUGUCUAUUCUCUCUUUCUGGGAUUGGGCCAGAUCAUUGCAGCCAAUUCCUACCAGGUCACCCUUCUAACGGGAGAGGUGGGCCAGACGCCUGCAAAGUUAUAUGGAAUCGCAUCCGUGUAUUUGAUCACCUCGAUUCUGUGGUGGUUCUUCUUUCGUUUCUGCAAAUCGGUGCACGUUCUAACUCUUCCAUGGUUCUUAUACGGAAUUGCGUUUAUGAUUAUCGGAAUGGCUCACUUCGAGCCUAAUUCAUACAUUCGUGGUUGGAUCCAGAACGUUGGAAGUGGAAUCUAUGCUGCGGCUUCUUCGAGUGGUUCAAUCUUUUUCGCUCUCAAUUUCGGUGAUGAGAGUGGUGCCCCUGUCAAGCAGUGGGUGUUCCGAGCUUGCCUUAUUCAAGGCACUCAGCAGGCAUAUGUCAUUGCUCUUUGGUACUGGGGCUCGACUUUGACGAAAGCUAGUGCUGGAAAUACCACUUCUCAAGGUAGUAUCACCAAUACCUGGAGAAUGACAGCUAUCUGCACACCCAUCACGAUAUUCUUGUGGAGUAUCGGCUUGUUUAUCUACUUUGGUCUGCCAAAUUACUACCGCCAAACACCAGGCAAGGUCCCAUCAUUCUACAAAUCUGUCUUCCGACGCAAGAUCGUACUCUGGAAUUGGACUGUGGUCAUUCUCCAAAACUUCUUCCUCAGUGCCCCAUAUGGUCGAAACUGGAACUUCCUCUGGAUAUCCAAACACGCCAGCGCCUGGCAAAUCCUCCUCCUCUGCGUACUCUUCUUUGGCUUCGUCUGGAUAGCAAUUCUCUUCCUCCUAGCCAGACUAUCAAAAUCCCACAGCUGGAUCCUACCAGUAGUAGCCUGCGGUCUAGGCGCACCUCGUUGGGCCCAGAUAUGGUGGGGAACAUCUUCGUCUGGUCUAUUCCUCCCGUGGGCUGGAAGCUACACAGCAGGAGCAUUAGUCUCACGAAGUCUUUGGCUCUGGCUGGGUGUCCUAGAUGCACUGCAAGGCCUCGGAUUUGGAAUGAUUCUCCUGCAAACACUGACGCGCAUGCAUAUCUGCUUCACCCUUCUUGUGUCGCAAGUUAUUGGUUCCAUUGCGACUAUGUGUGCUCGAUCCAUUGCGCCGAAUAAGAUUGGUCCUGGGCCUAUUUCUCCUGAUAUCACUGCUGGGGUUGGGGCGUUAGCGAAUGCUUGGUUUUGGGUUGCGCUUUUGUUGCAGCUUUUGAUUUGUUGCGGCUUCCUUAUGUUCUUUCGGCGGGAGCAGCUUUCGAAGCCUUGA